UAUUCUGGAUUUGCUAUUAGUGGUGGCUGAAAAAAACUUGUUUUCAGUCUCAUCAAACAUUCUUCAUAGAGGGGUCACCCACACAAAGCUUCCCAAGGAACAAGAGAAGGAUACCGGCAGUCAGAAUCCCAACACUAAUGCGGAAUGCUGACAUUGGCAUUCUGAAUAGGUACACCAUGCCGGCGGCAGAAUGCCGACAGCCGGGAUACCAAAUGAGUAAACACAGCUGCGCCGGAAAGGUGCAUCAUACCACGUGUCGUUGAUUCCUGAGGCUCCAUGGACCAGGAAACCGAGAAGCACAACAUUGUCAGCAGACUUUGGCAUAGCGCCAAGCAGGCCAAGCAAGAAUUUAACAUUAAAAAUACAUAUGCCAAGACUAAAGCAUCUGUGAAUGCUGCAUUCCAAUUUACAUGUGCUUCAUUGAGCAAGAUAACCAAUCGUGAUGGAGAAGGAUCUGCACGGAAAUGUACAUUUGGGACAGACUGUGAACCUCAGAAAAAACUGGUUCCUAUCAGAGACGCUUCACGGACUAUUAAACAGCUGAGAUGGAAAUUAGGAGAAGUGUAUGAGGAGAACGUGGACGGUUUGUGUGAUGAGCUGGACUCUCUCCACCUUAUUACUCUCCAGGAUUACAUAGAUCAGUACGAGGCUGUGACCCCAGCAGAGAGAGCUGAGAAGCUGAUAAACAUCAUACUACAGAAGGGAGAACCGGCCUGUGAGACGUUCCUCUACCAUCUAGAGAACAUGGUGCCCAGGUUCCCACCACUGGCUGAUGUGUCCCAACACUUACCGGAAAAAAAAGUAAAGUCCUUUCUUACAUUUCUGGAGAAAGUAAACAUACAACAACCAACUGAUUCAAAACUGACCCUGAGGGAUGUUCUAGAGAUUAAGUCAGAGAAUCUGAAGGAUGCUCAGCCUCAGAACAUAACAGAGAUUCCCUGGAACUUUAUAAGGAAGCUCAUGGCUCUGAACAGUACUGCAAUAAACACCAAGUUUCAGAAUAUUGAGCUAAAUAUUGAACCAAAUGAAAGUGAAGAAUUUGAUUUAUCUCUGAUUGAAACAGAUGAUUCAUCUCCUUCUAUCCACCCCCUGGACGUGGUGUGCGCUGUCCUGCAUUGCUCAGAGAGUUUUCUACAGCAAGAGAUUGUAUCAAAAAUGUCCAUGUGCCAGUUUGCUGUCCCUCUGCUGCUCCCUGCUGGUGAUGGCCCAGAAUGCACCUUCAUGCUGUGGGCAAUGAGGGACAUUGUGAAGAGAUGGAGACCUCAGUCAUUGGCUGACAGUAAGGGGUUCAGAGAAGAGAAUGUUGUGAAUAUUCCCAUGCCGAUCUUCUCCUUUGUAAAACUGGGGAAAAACAAACUGUCCAAAUCUAAAAUCCUGAAUCAAGUUCUUAAUCCACCACAACAACAUCAUGACUUCUUCAUACAUGACAAUAUGGAGGGAGGAAACAGUGAGAGGAAAAUAUCUGAUGGACUUGUGGAAAUUUCCUGGUAUUUUCCCUGUGGCAAGUCUGAUGUCUUCCCAGAGCCCAUUGCAGUGACUAACCUACGUAGUGACCUGGCGUCUAGCUGGGAACAGUUCACGUUUCUGACACGAGUCUCAUCGGCUGUGUUUGUGUUUAUUGAGAGUAUCAGUGACAGAGAAUACAGACUGUUAUCCAGCUGCAGUAACACCGACACCGAGUAUUAUAUCAUCCUUACUCCAAGUCCCGGUAAUAAAGUAACUACAGAGACAUUAAAGCACAUAAAGAAUCUAAUGUCACAGCUAAAAAUGAAGAAAACAAAUAUUAUUCAGAAGGGCAGCACAGGGAACGAUGCAGCAUUUGUAAGCAGGAUACAAAACAUCAUUCAGUAUUUGUUGAAUAAUUGCCAAAAGACCCAAAAAAGAAGUUUGGUUAGUAUUAAAGAUGAGAUUGAUGGAGAUUCUAUUUGUGUAGAUGAGAACGUGUCUGCAUGUCAGAGUGCAAAUGUCUCUGCCAAGAACAUUACCUCUGCAAUACACGAUGUGGCCGAGUAUAAGAGUCAAACUCUGAAAUUACAGGGAGAUCUGUGGAAACAAUUGUCAAAAAUAGAAAAAGAACUUUGUAGAAUGAAUGAGCAAAGGGAGAAAAAUGGUCAAAUUUAUCAUAGUGAGCUUGUACAGCGACAAAAGUCUCUUCACAAGAAGCAGAAAGAACACGGCAUUUCCGAUGGCAUCUCAUUGUUUAUUAAUGCAAUUGCCGAUUUGUCUCAAGUAGAAAAACAUUAUUUUUUGAAAUGGAUGAAAAAUGAGCUUGAUUUAGUUGGCAGAAAUAAUAUUACUAAACUGCAGUCUGAGUACAAGGAGAAAUGUAACAAUAAAUCAAAUAAUCCAGAAGAAUUAAAGAAACUGGAUCAGAAAAUCUCUGACAGCUCAUUGGGAAUUGAGCAUUUCCUACGUGAGCUGGGGCAGGUUUAUGAGGCUGAAUAUUCAAUGGUUAAUGAGAAAUUAAUUGCAGAGACCACAAAACAAUUUACAAAACUCCCAGGAAUUGCUGCUGAUCUUCUCCUGGACGGGUUCCCAUUGGAGCUGAUUGAUGGAGAUGCCUCCAAUAUCCCCCUACAAUGGAUAACUGAUGUCCUGAAAGAGCUGGACACCAAGACAGGAGGAUGCUGCAGAAUGAGAGUAAUAACUGUGCUGGGAGUACAGAGCACAGGGAAAUCCACACUUCUGAACACCAUGUUUGGGUUACAGUUCCCAGUGGCCAGUGGGCGUUGCACACGAGGAGCCUUCAUGACCCUUAUUAAUGUGGAGAAGACUUUCCAGAAGGAGCUGGGCUGUGACUUCAUUCUGGUGAUUGACACUGAAGGGCUGAAAGCCCCCGAGUUGGCUUCUCUGGAGGGCAGUUAUGAACAUGACAAUGAGCUGGCCACACUAGUGGUUGGGCUAAGUGACAUCACCAUCGUCAAUAUGGCCAUGGAAAAUACUGCAGAGAUGAAAGAUAUUUUACAAAUCGUGGUCCACGCAUUUCUUAGGAUGAAAGAAAUUGGGAAGAACCCCAACUGCCAGUUUGUACAUCAGAAUGUGAGCGAUGUGUCAGCUCAUCAGAAGAACAUGAGAGACAGGCAAAAACUUCUGGAACAGUUAAAUGAAAUGACAAAGGUUGCUGCUAAAAUGGAGAAGAGAACUGGAAUUACAGCUUUCAGUGAUGUGAUGGACUAUGACCUAGAGAGACACAACUGGUACAUUCCCGGACUGUGGCAGGGGGUCCCACCGAUGGCUCCGGUAAAUUUUGGUUACAGUGAGAAUGUUCAUGAACUAAAAAAGUAUUUGUUUGAAUUCUUAAAAUCUCAUUGGACUGAUGACAAGCAAUGCCGAAUCCCUGAGUUUAUUACAUGGAUAAGAAGUCUGUGGAAUGCAGUUAAACACGAGAAGUUUAUCUUCAGCUUUAGGAACAGUCUGGUAGCUGAAGCCUAUAACAAACUGGCUGCACAAUACUCUCAGUGGGAAUGGGAAUUCACCAAAACUGUCCACAUCUGGAUGAUCAGCACAGAGACCAGUAUUAGGAACCAGUCAGCUGAUAGGCUGGAUACAGAAACCUGCGCUCAGUUUGAGAUUGUUCUCAAACAGCUGCUACAUGAUGAAAAAAAAAAAAUGGUGACAUUUUUAGAAAAAUACUUUGACAACAAAUGUGACAAUGUUCAUCUCAUAGAGCGAUACAGACAAGAUUUCUUCUUGAGUGUAAAUUUCUUAUCAAAAGAAAUAGAAAGGAACGCGCUCAGCAAGGUCAAUGAAGCGGUUUCUAUUCAGAAAGGAAAAUUUAAGUUACAGAAAAUUCAGAACACAUAUCAGAAGCUCAUUGAAGAGAAAAUUACAGAUCUACUGAAAAAAUGCAGAGAGAGGAAUUGUGAGCUGGGGGACACAGAAGUGAAACAAGAAUUUGAGGUAAUGUGGAAUAAAACUCUGCAAGGCUUACAGAUCGAGGCAUUACCAAAACGUAACAUAGGCUACACAAUGCUUGAACUGCUGAAAAAGGAAAUGAGUGUAAAGGGUGCUGGCAUAAAUGAAAAGCUAUCUGAUGUGAUGAAUUUAGGUAAUUAUAAAGACAGAGAAUUUCAUAUGAAUGAAGGUCACAUUAAUCCUCAAAAGUUUAAACAAAUUAUUAAUGUAAAAAAAAUCAGUCAAGAAAAUAUGGAUAAGAUAAACAAUCUUGCUGCAUCUCUGAUAAAUAUAUGUGAUAAAUACGUCACAGAGAAAGAAAACUCCAAUGAAGACUAUAAUGACACUUACUGCCAGGAAUUACUGCGCAUGAUUAAUGGUAAACUUGAGGAAAAAAACUCUAAAAAGUUGCAUUUUUCAUCAUUGUUUGAGCUGGACAUGAAGCUUCUCAUCUUUGGGAGAGCAUCUGACACCUUCCAGAAGAUGCAUGAUACCUUUAUCCAAGAAAAUGACCCCAAAAUCUGCCUGGAAAAGUUAAAACCUGUGUAUUUAUCUACAUUUGAGAGUAUAUUUCAGGAGAAAGAUGAGUGCCGGAACAGAGCCAAGAAAUUCUGUGAGCUGUGCCUGAAACCAACACUAACUGAGUAUAUUCUGUGGCAUCUCGGGAAGGAAAUCAUGGAUGAGAUAGUACACAGUCCUGAUAGUACAAUGUUUAGCAGCAGAAGUAAUUUCCAGAGAGCUCUGCUGGAGGAUUUACUAAAGGAAAACUCAUUCAAUAACUAUGUAAAAUACAUUAAAUCAUAUGAGACUUUUGUGACAAAUAGGAUAUUUCAGUACAUUCUUGGAAAAUACCAGAGUUCAUCAGCUCUACAUACUUUACAAAGUCAGAUUUUGUGUGUGAUAACUGGAAAAAUUAAAGAUGCCCUUCAAAAUGAAAAUUAUUCAAACAAAGAAACAAUUUUAACUUUUUUAGGGCAAUUUUGUGAAUUAUUUAGGGAAGAAUUAGUAAUUUCCCAGAAUGAGAUGCAGGUGGUCACUUUCUGCAAUACAGCAGAUGUUGGGCAGUUCUCUGAGGACAUUCUGUCCUAUCUCCCCUCUAUAGAGGAACAAAUCCUGUCAGAGCUGGGAUCACUGGACAUUGAGACUGUACUAUCCAGGGUCACGCUGAAGCCUCAGGAUGAGCUGUGUAAGAAGGUGAUCGGAUGUGGACAGCAGUGUCCAUUCUGUAAAGUCCCCUGUGAGAAUGCAGGAGGUGAUCACAAAGAACAUUCCGCAACUGUCCACAGACCUAAGGGUUUGGGAACGUACAGAUGGGUAAAGGGAGAGAAUUUGGUCACUGACAUAUGUUCCACUUCUGUUGUAUCAAAUACUACAUUUCAAAACUCAGAAACCAAUUGGAAACCACACCCGUACAGAGAGUAUCAUACAUAUUACCCAGAUUGGGCCAUCCAACCUGACGCCAGCAUCAAGUCCUCGGAUUACUGGAAAUACAUUUUUUCACAAUUUAACCAGCAAUUUGCUGAAGAAUAUAAAGCAGAGCCGGCUGUACUGCCAGAGGACUGGAGGAAAAUAACAAAGGAACAAGCUUUGGAAAGUCUAAAUGAAGCGUUUACUAUUAAGUAACAAUAACUUUAACUUGGUCUAAUGAUUUAAACCAUGGUUGUAACUUUAUCAGUGGUAUACGGUACAGAAAAUUUGUGAAGUAACUAAAUGCACACCAUUAUGAAACAACUCAAACACAGUAUUUUCAAACACAUUAACAUAUAAAGCUUAAUCAGUCUGAAGUGCUUUGAAGAACAUUAUAAAAUGGCUUCAUCUGGAAUAAUACAUUUAUAUAUACAGGUUGAGUAUCCCUUAUCCAAAAUGCUUGGGACCAGAGGUAUUUUGGAUAUGGGAUUUUUCCGUAUUUUGGAAUAAUUGCAUCCCAUAAUGAGAUAUCAUGGUGAUGGGACCCAAGUCUAAGUACAGAAUGCAUUUAUGUUACAUAUACACCUUAUACACACAGCAGGAAGGUAAUUUUAGCUAAUAUUUUUAAUACAUUUGUGCAUUAAACAAAGUGCGUGUACAUUCACACAAUUCAUUUAUGUUUCAUAUACACCUUAUACACACAGCCUGAAGGUACUUUAAUACAAUACUUUUAAUAACUUUGUGUAUUAAACAAAGUUUGUGUACGUUGAGCCAUCAGAAAACAAAGGUUUCACUAUCUCAGUCUCACUCAAAAAAUUCUGUAUUUCGGAAUAUUCCGUAUUUCGGACUAUUUGGAUAUGGGAUACUCAACCUGUACAAUAUUGACCAGUUUUACUAUUUUUGGGGAAUUUAAAAAAAAAGCGAGAAACAUUCUGUACAUAUUAUCCACCAACCCCAGGCUUGCUUGGACAUACGAGAAAUCAAGAAUCCUCCAAAUUGGCUUCAGAAAAAUUUCUGCAUGAAUUUAAGUUAGGUAUACACUUGGCAGAUCAGAGAAAUAAUCAAUAAAAAAUUCUAGUUUCUAUCUGAACAAAUUUACAAAAGAUUGUUGAGGCGCUGUUUUUAAAUGCACUGUGUUGGCCCUAUCAAGAAAACACUACAUUUGCAGAACGAUAUUGGCUCAUUGGCACCAACAAACGUUGUGCAGAUACGACUGGUUUUGCACUGACUGUUGGCCCUACGUGAUACAUACACGCUAAACAAUUCUCACGCUGAAUUUUCUGAAAUUAGCUCUUCAGCCUGACUGUUGCAAAGUAUGUACCCAGCGUUGGCCUACGGGUAAUCCAGGAUAUACUGAUCUGCUUCAAUAUUAGGACCAUGGUUUUAUGGACAAAAUACAGAAAACCCACUAGGCUGAUAGUAUAAUUCUUAAUAGCUAACCAUGUAAAUUAAUUAAUGCUUUCAAUCAGAAUGUAUCUAAAUCCCAACAGAAUGAAAAUGCAACAGUAUUAUUAGACUAAGGGCGGUAUGUACUAAUGGGAAAAUGUGGUAAAAAUCAAAAUUUUCAGGGUUUUACCACAUUUCCCGUAUGGACUAAGCCCCAGGUGCCAGUUUUCUGAUGCCGAUGGGCUUCUUUCUGCAUCUGUGCUGUCAGAGAGUUCUGAUUGGAUCCCUCCCAGCAUCACCCGUGGCCAUGGUGUCACUCUGCACAUGUGCAGACGGACUCCUGGGUCAUAAGCAAAGGGCAGCUCAUAUCGGGAUAGCUGCCCUUUGCUAUACUAAUCGCAGAUGUUAGUGCAUAUGCCAGUGGUUCUCAAAGGUGGUGGGAUGUACCACACAAGGUUGGCACUUCCCGCCCUAUGAGUUAUUAGUGAAAACAGAACCACAGAUAGUCCUCUAAUAAGGAGUGCACCACAAUCUAGAUAUUGUUCAAAACAUUCUGGACUGUGGUGCGUUCCUUAUUAGAGGACUAUCUGUGGUUCUGUUUUCAUUGUUUACACAUAGGGAGGAAAUCAAUUAGCCACGGUAAUUAAGUGCGUGCUACUUGAACCCACAGGGCUAUCCAAUUAGCCCACAGGCGGCACUUAACGCAUAUCUCUAUUCACGUCUUAGCAAACCCGUAAAGAAAUACACAAUAAACGACCUGUUUUCGGGGUCCAUGGCACACAUUAACACAUAGGCCUGGGAACGUAUCACGGGUCCUAUGUGUUAAAGCCAGAAAACAGAUAAUUUGUUGGGAGAAAAUUACGGAGCUUAAUUUAAUUGCCCAAAGCUUACCUUCAUGCAAAAAUUGCAAUAAAACCCCGUUUUUUUUCUCCCCAAAAAAGGAACAGAGCUAAUUGAAUUACUGCCAUAGUCUAAUAAUACUGUAAUCAUUUUUUACUGAAUUAACCAAACAAGCAUUUACUGUAUGUAAAAUACCUGUUUUAUAAUAACUAAAUAAAUGGGCCUAGAAUAACUCAUGAACAAUAGCCAAACUUGCAAAGCAGACCAAUAUUUCCCAGAUUAUAGACUGACAUUUCCGCAGCUAUAUUUUCCAGUACAUUUCUAAAUGAAACGUGAUUCAUUACUCUGGCCAGUUACGGCCUUUACCGCCAUUAGCCAGUGGAAACUGGAUCAGCGGGUUCUUCUUACCAAGGAUAACACCCGCAGAUGAUUGGCCGUCAGUAUCAUUUGAUCACUUCCAUCAGAUUACAUAUUUACUUUUUACCAUGGUCACCUUGCGGACAAACGUAUGCAAUUGGCAUGGUGCAGGCCAACCUCUUUAAGCCUUAAACAUGUCAAAAUAACAACUGAUUGUGAUAAUAAAUGAAUACAUUAUUAUUAUUAUUAUUAUUAUUAUAUUAGCCUUUUUUCAUACAGAUUUUAAUGCUUAAUUUUGUACGGAAAAAAGAAAAUACAUGUUUGUCAAAUGAAGGAUUGCUUGAGAAAUCGUAUUAUUCUUAUUCCAUAUUUGAUAAGAUGAUCUUCAAUUAAUUGUAUUUUUUCUUACUGCCUUAUGAUUGUAAAACAGCACUUACUGUAUGAAUGACAUCAAGAAAAUUUUCAAAUAAACUUA